CUAUGCCUGCCUAGCACAAACAGCGGUCGGGAGAGUAAAUACAGAGAGCCCCAAGAUGGCGGAGUCACUGAGCUUCAUUCACUUUGGUGCAGCGACCAAAAGCCCGCUCGCCAAAUCUAAAGAACCGAAACUAGCGUCGGACACCCGGCCGCAGUCUUCCCGGGACAUUCACCCGCCGCCGUCCAAGCGAGUCCGAAACGACGAGAAGAGCCUUAAACCUAAGAAACUAAAUGUGGAAGGAGGUGCAGGGGGAGGUGGCGGCGCAGUGGAGAAGCAGCACCAGAAGCAGAGUUCAGGCAACCCGACAACAUGGAGCUUCAGCCCCGUCAAGGCGAGCAGCAACCCCUCGGCGCCCCUCCAGCCUCCCAUUCACACAGUGUUCAAGCAGAGCGCUUUCCUCGCCUCCCAUACCAAACCACCAUCCAAAAAGCCCAAGGAAAAACGAGAGAAAGAGAAGGAUUUCAAGGAAAAGAAGAAACAUAAACCAAUCCCUGGUACUCCUGGAAAUAUUAGCAGCAGUCUGAGUAACGUCACUACUGUAAUGAAGAAGGAGAACGGGGAGAUGAAGUUGUUGCAAAAAGACCACACCAGUAAGGACAAGACGAAGAAGAAGAAGAAACACAAAGUGAUGAAUGAGAUCAAGAGGGAGAACGGAGAGGUGAAGCUCCUUCAGAAAGGUAUGUUGAUAAUGAUGUGACAUGGUUGUUUCAAAUGGCCCCUGUUUAGUGUACCACUGUUGACCAGAGCUCAGUAUAGAGAGUAGCUACAUUCAGGGUUUCCUUCUUACUGUUGUACAGGCAGGGUGCCUCCCCUAGAGCAUCAGAACUGGAAACUGGUUAGGGACAGGAGUUUUACUUUACCUCAUCACCUGACCAGGAUAAACU